GAAUAGCCAUUCAUUUCAUUAGAAAAAUCAAAAGAAGCACAUCAAUCUCUUCCUCCCGCUUUGCCAAAUCAUCAAGACAAAGAACCAUUUUUCUAUUUGUUGGAAUCUGGGUUUGCUGCAAGCCAGGAGAAGGCAUAACUUAAUCUCACCUCUGCUGUGAUAACCAUCUGAAGUAACCAUUUGGAGGUUGAUCUCCACAUUUCACCCAGAUAGACACAGUUCGCAAGGACGGCUGCCGGACCGGCGUCGGCUUCGACACACACACAUAGAUCUUCUUUGGCGGCGGCGCUCCAGUGCAUAGAGCCUGCACGGCCUAGCUGAGCCAUGGAGGGAGCUCCCGUGACAGCAGCCACGGGGUCCUUGGGGCCCGUUGUGGCUAAGCUGGGUGCUUUGCUGGGCAGCCAGUACAAGCUUCGGCACCGGACUCGGAAGGACGUCAAGUUCAUCAAAUCCAAGCUCAAUUCCGUGCACUCUAUCCUUUGGGCAAUAUGGGGGAAGGAGACACUUGAUGCGCAAUCCAAGGAGUUGAAGAAGGAAGCGCUGGAUCUCACUGAUGACAUGCACGACGCCAUCGACGACUUCAUCCUCACCAUGGAGCCCAGCCACAGAAACAAGCACAUGAAGAUACAGAUCAAGAUGCAAGCAAGCCACUUCCAAGAUUUCAGGACAAGAGUAGAUGAUGUGUCAGCCCGGUGUCGCGGCAACUGGAAGUGGGAGAAGAACAAGUGUGCUGUCUCCAGCUUAUUUUCAAGAAAGAACGCCACAUCCAGCGCCCCCAGCAAACCGCCUCCUCCUCGAGCUCCAUUUAUCCGCAAGGAUGCAUCAGAGCUCAUCGGUAUUGUUUACGAGGAGAUUGGAAAUAAGUUCCAGUCCCGGGCUUUUGUGUCUCUCACUCCAACUCCCAACAUGAAGGAGGUUCUCACGAGUAUUCUCCGACAAAUAGGAGCUGAACCACUUGCUGGUGCCGAAGCAAGGACAGAGGAAGAUAUCAUCCACACCAUAUCGAAUUUCCUAGAGGACAAAAGGUACCUAGUAAUAAUUGAUGACAUAUGGCAUCGUGGAGAAUGGGAGAUCAUCAGCAAGUCUUUUCCACAAAAUACUCUGGGCAGUAGAAUUGUCACGACAAGUCGUAUUGAUCCUAUACCAGGAGAUGAUUUGGAUAAUAACAAGUUCUGCAUCAAUAUGAAUCCUAGAUGGGAUUUUUUUUAUAGAAGAUGGUUGUACGGGCCUCAUAGAUUCCUCUACACAACUGAUGAGGAAGAUGUGGCUGCUCGGAUGAAGCCUGACAUGGUUGGAGAAGGUUUUGACUGUGACCAUCCUAUUGUACGCAUGUGUGGUGGUGUCCCGUUAGCACUACUUUGCAUGUUUUCAGCAAUGGCAAUGGUCCGACAGCAACAAGAACAACUAGGGGUACAUGUAAAGAUACGUGAUGUGCAAGAUAUGAUUGAGAAGCAAGUUAAGCAAAGUGGAAUUCAGAACACUCCAAGGUUCGAACCGUUGGUACAGAGCUUGCAGCUUGGCUACGAUGAUCUUCCUCACCAUAUUUUGAAGACCUGCUUGUUGUACUGCAGUAUAUACCCUGAGACUUACACUUUUCCCAUGAAUGAUUUGGUCAUGCGAUGGGUAGCUGAAGGAUUUACUUAUAAAGUUGAUGUAGCAAAAGACUAUCUUGAAGAGCUUGGCAACAGGGGGUUGAUGUUGCGGGAUGAUCAUGGUGGCUACCAAAUGAACCCGAUGAUGCGAAAUUUCCUUAGAUGGAAAUCGUGUGAAGAUAAUUUCAUUACUUGCAGUUCCGGCAUCACAUUGCCAUAUGCAUGUCGCAUCCAUCGGCUAUGUAUCGACGAUUAUCUUGUUGAUGACGGUGUGGUGGAGGUGGUAGAUACCUUGUUGGAACUAGAUUGGUCCCAGAUUCGAUCUCUUGUUGUUUUUGAAGGUGUUGAGAGACUCCCCUUGGAGAAGUUGGAACACCUGCGAGUGUUGGAUCUUCAAUUGAAAAGCAUAAGUGCUCUUGGGAAUCAUCAUGUGAAGGCUAUAUGUAGACUGCUCUGUGUGAGGCACCUUUUCGGCCUUGAGGGGAUGGGAAUUAGUGAGAUACCACCGGAAAUAGCAAGGCUGCAACAUCUGGAGACUUUGCAGGUAAGAUUCACAUGGAUCACAGAGUUACCUUGUGAAAUUGGGGACCUACAGCAGUUGAAGACUCUGGUUGUAAGUCGCAACAGUAAGCUGGCAAAGCUGCCCAUGGAGAUAGGGGAUCUGCAACAUUUAGAGACUCUGGACCUGAGCUAUAGCAACAGGAUCACGGAGUUGCCACAUGAGAUCGGGAACCUCCAGAAUUUGGAGAAUCUGAACCUGAAUGAGACCCAUCUCAGAGAGCUGCCUCCGGAGAUUGGGAAGUUGCAGCAUUUGAAAACACUGGAGGUGGGUUGGGCAAGCAUAACAAGGCUAGGCAGUGAAAUUGGGGACCUGCAGCAUUUAGAGACCUUGGACCUCAGUUACAACAUCAGGCUCACACAACUGCCUCGUGAGAUGUGGAAACUGCAGAAUUUGAAGCGGCUGCUCUUGAAUGGUACACGGGUGGCGAAGAUACCAAGGGAAAUCGGAGGGCUCAAGAAGCUGGAGAUUUUGAAAUUAGACAAUACCAUCGUUACACUGCCCUGGGAAGCUACCCAGCUCUCGAAAUUGGAGGGAGUGCCUGAGUGCAUCCGCCAAGCCUGGAAGAACAAUCAUCUUGUGUCUGAGUUAGCCGGGGAGAUCUUGUUCGUUCGGCUGGUUAAUCCGGCCACUGAUAGCGGCGGCCUAAUCGUUGGCAGAAAACACAUGGGAAUUCCACGGUGGAUCAAGGAUCACUUCAAUGACCUUGCCUACUUGGAUAUCAGGAUUUGCAAAUUAGAGGAGCGGGAUCUCAAGAUACUGCGGGAGAUGCCUAGACUGGAGGAUCUCACGCUAAGGUUUGAAGCCGUCCCAAGAGAGCCCAUAGCCAUCAGCGGUGAAGGGUUCCCAAGGCUCUGGCACCUCGUUGUUGACAGCCGGUGCAUGCCACAAUUUACCUUCCAGGAAGGAGCAAUGCCGAUGCUGGGAGACAUCUGCUUGCAUUUCCAGUUCUAUGGUGGCUCGCCUGCAAAUAAAGACACUCUGGGUCUUGGUAUCAAGCACCUUGGGCGCCUCUGGUCGGUCGCCUUUAGAUGCAGCGAGGAAUGGUAUGGAGGAGCAGCAGAGAGCAGCCCGUGCAUCAGCGCCAUGAUUGAUGUGGUGAGGAAAGAAGCCCAGGAGCAUCCCAACGUUAUCCUCUUUUGUGUCUCUGGCCGCAUGGGUGAGAUUUUCUCAGCAAAGGAGAGCUUGGCAUGGGAGGUUUCCGGCAGUGGGAGUGGGGCUGAGAAUGAGAAGAAGCGUGAGGAGAAGAAGAGCUUGGCACAGGAGGCUUCGAGCAGCAGUGCGGGGACAGGCCCUGAGAUCAAGGAAGAGGAGGAGAUCCUGGAAGCAGCUGCUGCGUCAAGUACACACGACCCAUCGAGCCAGGUUGAUUAA